UAGAAAAUCCCAUCGACGUAAACGAAAUGCCCCUCUACCCCGCUAGAAGUGAGGAAGAAUUGAGGACCCUGGAGGAUAGUCUCGAUAACAGCAUCAUUUUUGCUGCCCUGGUGAAGGAGCUGGGCCAAAUUGGAGGUUCUGAUGUAAGCACGACUACUAAAAGAGUAAUGAAGAGGCUUCUUGACGACAGCGUAGCGGUACUGUACAGUUACACUGGAAGAAAGGGAAAACGACGAGCGGCGGAGCUAAACAUUGUUCGCCUUGUAUUUGCUGCUGUACGUUCAACGCAAAAGGCAACAGAUGCAGAGAUCAGCCACGUGAUUGGCGAUUGGCUACGCUUUGCCAAUGCAAGGCUGACUGCGUCCAAGGCAAGCAAAAACUUAACGUUUAUUGUUUUCCAUCAGACAGCCCAGCUAUCGCUCUUUUUGUCCUUGCCACCUCUAGAACAAAGUGCAGCAGUCAUCUACACAAUGACCACAGACAGCUCCAUCUCCAAGCCUUGGAAGGGCAUCGGUCAUCGUGCAAUAAAGUAUUUGCAGUCAAGACAUGCAGUUGAGCUGAGUUAA